AGUUCACACUUCAGAGCUCCCAAAAUUAUUCCUUUCUUCUCAGCGAGCACCGCUUGGUUCCUUGGGAUCCCGAGGAGGCAUCGCCGCCGGUCGAUCCUCUCUGCACCUAGCAAUCCCCUCCUUGCUCCCCUCUCGCCGCCGCCGAGCCUACUCUCUCCAUGUGCUGAAUCGCCGUACCUUGCGGGCCCAUUUGAUCCGAGUCUGCACGCUUCUCGUGCCGGGAUCCGCGAGAACCGCCUGCCCUCCGUGUUCUUGCUGGCGGCGGAGUGGCUACCUUUUGAAUCUUUUUUUCUUGGGGGCUCAUGAGCGCAAUGGAGCGGCUUGGGUGAACGGGAGCUCGCCCUUGUGGAGUCUGUGCGGGUGGGUGGAGCUGUGGAAGGGAGGAUGCAGGGGAAGGCGCAGCUCUCGGAUUCCAACCGGCGGAUCAUGGAGGUCGACGCGCCGCCGCGGCGGGUGUACCAGGCGUGGAAAGGCAGCAAUUUGUUUUUCCUUGGAGGGAGACUUAUCUUUGGGCCAGAUGUGAGGUCGCUCGUGCUCACAGUAUGUUUGAUUGUAGUCCCAGUGAUCUUCUUUGCUGCCGCCGUUUGUCCACAGCUUGGUAAUGAGUUCCGCAGUCAAAUUGGAGGUUGGGUUGCAUCUGUAGCUAUCAUCUUUACAGCAUAUAUUCUUGUUGUUCUAUUUCUCACAUCUGGCCGUGAUCCUGGAAUUAUUCCUCGAAAUGCUCAUCCCCCAGAGCCUGAAGACAUUGGUGAAUCCUCCAACUUACCAGAUUGGCCAGGUGGUCAGCAUGGUUCAACAGGUUUACCACUUACCAGGGAUGUUCUUGUCAAUGGCAUUUCGGUCAAGGUCAAAUAUUGUCAUACAUGUAUGCUCUACCGCCCACCAAGGUGCUCCCAUUGCUCAAUCUGCAACAACUGUGUAGAACGUUUUGAUCACCACUGCCCUUGGGUAGGCCAGUGCAUUGGAAAGAGGAACUACCGAUUUUUCUUCAUGUUUGUGUCUUCGACUACUAUACUAUGCUUAUACGUGUUUGCAUUCAGCUGGGUUAAUCUCAGGAGAAUUAUGGACAUGCAUGAAUGUAAAAUUGGUAGAGCUCUUUUAAAGUCUCCUAUCUCUGGCCUUCUCAUCCUAUAUACAUUUAUUGCUGUGUGGUUUGUAGGAGGAUUGACCUCAUUCCACCUCUACUUGAUUUCUACAAAUCAGACUACUUAUGAGAACUUCCGAUACCGCUAUGACCGGAAAACAAAUCCAUACAACCUUGGAGUGGGCCAGAAUUUCAUCGAUGUCUUAUUUUCAAGGAUCCCCAGCUCAAAAAAUAAUUUCAGAGCAAAAGUUAAGGAGGAUUCUGCAACCUUCACGUCAUCCCUCAGUAUGGGACGGGUUCUAAGUCCGCCCAAGAUGAGCAUGGACCUUGAGAUGGGCAUGAAAAGGCAAGCCGUAGACGCAGAGGACUUGGAAGACUUGCACAGCCAGAUCGGCAGUGCUAUGGGGCUGGAGAGAUGUGGCACUGAACCCCCGCAUAUUGUUGGUCGAAAGGGCUGCUCUGAGAUUUCAUCGGACAUAGAGGCAUUCGCAGAAGAGUUUGCCAUGGAGCGUGGGUUCAGUGAGAGGAAAAAGAUUGAACGACACACAAAUGAUGAUUCAUAGGAAGUUUUGUUAUCAUAAGCCCCUCUCCAGCCCUCAGUCGAUCCCUCAACUUAGGCAGCAGAAGUUUGAAGAUGAAAGAAAUGUAGGACAUAAUGGUAGCAUGAAUUCGACAGGUAUUGUUAAGUUUAUUUUGGCUGAAAUUUCCAGCUGAGACUUCACUUAGUUGUAGUAGAUGCUCAUUAACAAUAUAUAGAAAUGGCGAAUCCACAUUUGGUUUGGACGUUUUUGUACUGCUAGGUCGUCAUCUUACUGUUGGUCCAUGUGUUGUAUUGUAUGUGUGGUGUGGCAGUGUUGCUUCUGAUUUUGUUGAAGCUGUAAUUUCUAACAUGAACCUGGCUAGUGCAUUUCAUCGAUUGAAUCUCC